ACAGCAAUCACAAUUUGGCUUUUUAAGAGCUUUAACCAAAUUUUUCCUUGCCAAAAAUGCCUGGACUCGCAAUUGGAACCCCUGCCGAAUUUGGCCAACCCGAUGCACUCAAGGCGGGUCUCGCUGAGUUCAUCUCAAUGCUCAUUUUCGUCUUUGCCGGUGAAGGUUCCGGCAUGGCUUUCAACAAGCUCACUGACGAUGCCUCAACAACACCUGCCGGUCUAGUAGCAGCAGCACUUGCUCAUGGCUUUGGACUGUUCGUUGCAGUUUCAGUUGGUGCUAACAUUUCCGGAGGACAUGUGAACCCUGCUGUUACAUUCGGUGCCUUCGUUGGUGGCCACAUUACCCUUGUGAGGAGUUUUGUGUACUGGAUUGCCCAGUUGCUCGGUUCCGUCGUUGCUUGCUUGCUUCUCAAGUUCGCAACUGGUGGACUAACAACAUCUGCUUUCUCUCUUUCAUCCGGUGUUGGUGUAUGGAACGCACUCGUUUUUGAGAUCGUGAUGACCUUCGGUUUGGUGUACACCGUUUACGCCACAGCCGUCGACCCAAAGAAGGGAAACAUUGGAAUCAUUGCACCCCUAGCAAUUGGUUUCAUUGUUGGCGCAAACAUCUUGGCCGGUGGUGCUUUUGAUGGCGCAUCAAUGAACCCUGCUGUCUCCUUCGGCCCGGCAGUUGUUAGCUGGACAUGGGACAACCACUGGGUGUACUGGCUCGGCCCAUUCAUCGGUUCUGCCAUUGCUGCUAUUGUUUACUCCAUCCUCUUCAUUUCCCCAAACACACAUGAACCUCUCCCAACCACAGACUAUUAAGAUACGAAAGUCUGUUCCUCUAAAUUCAGAGUGAUGCAAACAGGUUGAAAGUUGCGGUGGACCUAUUUGGUUUCGAUUUGUGGGUGGUUUUCUGUUUGUUUGUAUGUCGGGUUUGUUAAUUGUUGAGUUAAUCCUGUGAACUAGUCUUGUUUUUGCUCUUCCUUAACUUUUGCAAGGUUUUAGGUGACAUCAUGGUUUACUUUGGUUAAAUAAUUGGCGUCGGUAGCUACCACAUUAAUAUUCAAUAUCCUGUGUUUAAAGGGACCACAUUAAUAGGCGGAACUUUUAAUAUUAAAUGUAUAAGAAAUUUUUGUUA